UUUUCUUUUUUGACUCGUGUUAUUGGUGUUGUCAGACAGACAGAGAAGAAAACGUGGACGGUGUGCUUUACUUUCUUUGCCCGAUGUUUAAUUUAGCCACGUUGACAGUUUGACAUUUAGUUGGCGUUAAUUAAUUUCAGUAACAGUUAAGAAGAAAUAGUCCACCGGUAGCUGUAAAAUGACGGAACAGUCCUCGUUGUUACUACGUAAACAAUUAGCAGAGCUCAACAAGAACCCAGUGGAGGGGUUUUCUGCGGGUCUUGUAGAUGAUGAUGACAUCUAUCAGUGGGAAGUGGUCGUCAUUGGACCUCAAGACACAUUAUUUGAAGGAGGUUUCUUCAAAGCCACCCUAACCUUCCCCCGUAACUAUCCUUUGAGGCCUCCCAAGAUGAAGUUCAUCACAGAAAUCUGGCAUCCAAAUGUGGCAAAAAAUGGCGAUGUCUGCAUAUCCAUCCUGCACGAACCUGGCGAGGACAAGUAUGGCUAUGAGAAGCCUGAGGAACGCUGGCUGCCUAUCCAUACAGUAGAGACCAUCAUGAUCAGUGUUAUCUCCAUGUUGGCGGACCCCAAUGGAGACUCACCUGCCAAUGUGGAUGCAGCUAAAGAGUGGCGGGAGGAUCCUACAGGAGUUUUUAAGAAAAAGGUGGCACGCUGUGUGCGGAGGAGUCAAGAAAUGGCUUUCGACUAAGUCCUCAAGGCAGUCAUCGACACAGUUGGAAAUGCAGAGGGGAUUUGGCAACUGGUUACUCAGAAGUGAGCUAGAUGACCAUGGGGCACAACUUUAUCAACAUCAACUAGCCACCCAAAGAAGGAGACUCACAGAAAAAAAGAUGUAUAAACCCAUAUUUCUCUACUAAUUUGUGUCUUUCAGUUUGAGAGUUGUUAUUUCUGAAUAUUGCUGAAUUCCAGUGGCAUUCAUUCUGCCAAAAAGUUCCAUUUUACUUUUGAAUUUCCACCAUCAGUUGCACAAGAUUUGCAAGUGAUGAACUAUGGACAGAUAUUUCUGGUCAUCUUCUUCUGAGUGAAAUGCUGAUGCUUGAAGUAUACUACUUUCUUUGUUAUGUACAUAGUCAUCAGAUUGUAGGAGACAUGAUCCCCUCUGAUAAAUGCCCCAUUUUCAAAAUCUAGUUUACUUAUUUAUUUAGAGUGAGAUUAUUUUAAGAUGCUUAUUGUCUUUUAUGGAGGUUUAUAUUUUUAUUUUCAACCUGCCACACUGAGCCAUCACGUCUACAGUUAUUUGAUCAAUUAUGCAAUUUCGGAGUAUUUGCAGUCAUGAAAGAGAUGGGGAAUAUAGAUACUGGCUUCCCUUUCCCAAGUGUUCUGCAGAGAAAGUGUUCCUUCUCUCCCUGAGGGGGAACAUUUGUCACCCAGCACUGCCUUAACAAUUGACUACCAGCAAAGGAAACCUAUCUUCAAUAAGGACUGCAUCCGAAGGCUUGUUUUGAAUCCAGAUUUACAAAACCAAAGACAAUACAGUGAUAAAUAUAUUUGUAAUGAACAUGCAACAUUUUUUUUUACCUAUGUAAAUAUAAAUUAUUUGUCCUUGCUUUGAAAGACACUUUUGAACACUACACAUGUACAGAGAGAAUGCAUUCACCUGAUGAUGUGUCGAUAUUGUACAGUAGUGCCUCAGAUAGGCCUUUUUCACAGACGACAUUGAUGUGAUAAUAGGAAAAGCACAGGCGUCUAUUUAGCUGCUUCUGGCUCACUGUCACAGCUUACUCACUUGUUAAUGUUGUCAGUAACACCUGUGAUUUUCCUAUUAUGGUAUGUCAAAAUAUCUGCUGUGAUAAAAGUCUAUACCACCCACAAAAUGAUCUGCUGAUCAAGUGACGUAAUCAAACUAAACAAUAGUGUUUUUUAUGCUUAGUAAGGACAUAAUUUGAUGAAUAAUAGGUAUACAGAUGCACCCACUUUUUAAGUCAGUGAACGUUAUAUUGUGAAAACAAGAAAUAAACCUCAUUGUGGACGUUG